UUCAUCGAAAUGUUAAAUAUCAGAAUGUAAAAUAUUCGUCUUCUUCUUUUUUCGGCUGUUCAGCUGGGGAUAUUAAGAAAAGGGGGGAGAAAAUUAAAAGUAAGAAAAUCAUCAUGGCUACAUCUACGCUGCAGCUGGAAUUUUCACAGGCAAUGGCCGAUUUCAAGAAAAUGUUCCCGGACAUUGACCGCGAAGUCAUUGAAGCUGUAUUGCGCGCUAAUUUGGGAGCUGUGGAUCAAACAAUCGACCAACUACUUGCGAUGUCAACUGACAACCAGAACGAAAAACUGCGCAAUGAACUGGAUGCUAAUGUCUCACCACAACAGAGUCUCAUCAAUCUCAACAAUGCGGACAAGGAGCUGCGGCGCAAUCAGCAGCUCAUUGACACCACAGAUGGCGCUGUCAGCAAUCCCACAGAGGGCGUCGCUGCCGCUGCCACCGUCACACUGCUGAGCACAGCAACCGCUUCACCGAAUCAUCACAAUACAGGCGCCUCGCCCAAACAACGUCCACUGGGCGCCUCGAAUAAGAUCAGCUCGACUAACAAUACGCCCACCAAGCGAAGUCAUACAGUUGCAUUGUCCAGCAGCAACAACACAUCGCGUCGUUGGAAUCCGCCGAUCCUAGGAGCUCUGCCAGCUGGUUUUCUGCGCAUUGCUCCAGUGGCAGGUCAACAGGAUUUUGAGCUGCCCGACGAGCAGUUUGCUCUGAUGCUACAGAAUGAAGAGUUUAUGAAUCAAUUGAGGUGGAAUCAGGAUUUCAUGAACGCACUGGAGAAGGAGCAGAGCGGCAAGGCCAAGGGCGAAGAUGAUGCACCAUUCCAGGAGAGGCUCAAGAACAUGGGAAAAAUGUCGCGCAAGAAAUUCCUACAAAUGGCACGCGUCUUCACCUGGCAGCGUAAUAAAAAGGUGACCACCGCCAAGCAAAUUGACUCGCUGCCUUUGCGUGAAGAGCCCAGCGACGAUGAGGACCAUCACCAUCAACAUCAGCAAUCUCAGCAGCAGCAGUCACAGUCAACUCAACAGCAACCGCAACAGCAGAGCCAGGUCCAGCAGCAGCAGCAACAGGGUCAAUUGCAGCUGCGCAAGUAAAGUCAGGGCUACCAAGAAAGUCUGGAACCCUUGGACUAGGGUUCCUUUGUUUGUUAUCUUAUCCUUAUCUUAUUAUCUCAUUGGGCCAUAAUAACGUACGUCAAGGUCAUAACAUGUUAUGAUUACUUGAUGCAUAAGUAAACUCGCGCUAGUAUUCGUAAUCUCCCCCUUUAUAUCGUACUCGUAGUAAUCUCAAUGCGAGAAAUCUCCGCAUAUUUAUGUAUGAUUCUAGUUUUAAAUGUCGUCUAAUAACCUAAAGUGCAAUUUUCCCCCUUUACACACACUUCCACAAAAUUCCCAGUGCAAUAUCUCCUGUGAAUAUUUUUUAAAUAUAUUAUACUUAUUGUUUUUUUUUUUCAAUUUUCGUUGUUGCCAAAUUAGCAUAAUUAAGUUUUAUUGAAAUAUAUGUAUAUUUAUAUUUUUAAAUGGCAAGAACAUGAAGUUGGACUGAUACGAAAUGCGUUAAUUAAUAAUUGAAAGCAUCACAGCAAAUAAAAAUUAUACAUAUAUGAUAUGAUAUGGAAUGAAAUGAUAUAUUUAUGUAUAUCUAGAGCACUUGCUAAAACUCAAAACUAGUCAUUAAUAAAAAGAACGACAGCACACCUACUCAAUUUAUGUACAGUAAUCAAGCUACAUUUAUAUCUUUCCAUUCCCAUACCCAUACCCAAUCCCUAUAUCCCCAUACUGGCCGAUUCUUAGAAGUUAUAAAGUCCAUAUUACGUAUUAUUAUAUCCGCCUGCGCUUCUACUCUCGUAUACAUCGUAAAUCUCCAGAUAUACUAUAUUAUAAUGUCCAUAUCAACUGUUGAUACUGAACAGAUACCGAACACCAUCAUGUAUGGACAUAUACCAUCCAUAGUUAUGAUGGCUAAGCAAACAUAUGCAACUAUUUGAUUGUAACUGUACUUGUAUUAUAAACCAUAUUUGACAAACUAUUAUAUUCAUAUUCCAAGUAUAAAAUACAGAUAAAUAUU